AUGGAUUUGUAUAAUGGGUUUGAGAAAGGUAAUGCAAAAAUAUUGACGGUCAGUAAAAUUCCUAUCGUCAUACUGGGUAAGUUAUAAUAAUUAAACAUUUAUAAAGUUGAUUUUAUUACGACAACUUUUAGCGUUAUUUAAAGAAUGCUUUUGAACACAUUUAGAAGUGAUUAUUAACGGAUUUCUAGCUUUUAUAGGUAUACUUCUUAUUAUUUUUAGUAGUUAUUUUGGGCUUUUUGUUUCUAAUAUUGGCAAUAGCAUUAUUUUUGUUGUAUCGGAACUAUUUCAAUUAUAUUGGCGUAUCAUUUGGUAUUGCUGGUGCAUCAAUGGAAAUUCUGGCAGUUAAGUUGAAUUUUCUACAACAAAAUUGUAUGCCAAGUGGGAACAAUUUUGAAAGAGAUAAUUUGUUACUGGGUGCGAAAUUAACAAACACAGGUAUGCUUAAUUAAGAAAUUAUGAUAUUAAAUGUUAGGAUUAGAAAAGACGAGGGAUUUCUUGAUGGUGGCUAACUACGACGAUUUUUACGACAAAGAAAGUAAGGCCACUUUCUGAAUUACUAUAUUUUUAAAAAAUUAUACUAUAUAAAAAAUUUGUAUUAUAACAUACGGUGUGGCAAUUAAUAAUAUUGCAUGUAAAUUACUAACCCGAAUUUGUCAACGGCAUAAAAAUUUAAUGUUUAGAAGAUUACUCAAAAAUAGCAAACGCGAAGAAUUCAGAGCUUGUUUUGGCGGCUAAAAUAGUGGGUGAAGAGACAUGGAGCUGGGUACAAAACGCAAUGGAACAACUUCUGGGUGGGCCUGUCAUUAACAAUAAGCAAAAGCGAAGUGUUUCGUUUGUGUUGCCUGAAAGGGAAGUAAAUGAUGAUUCAGAAGAUAGUUUUGCCAGCUUAGAGAAAGCAUUGGAACGAUUGGAUUCUUACGUUGCUAACAUGAAUGAGCAAAUCGAGUUUGACUAG